UUACCUUUCUGGAUUAUACUGGUCAGAAUUUGGCAGAACGUUUUCGUAGUAGCCUAGCAGGCAAACGAUAUAUAUUUUCCGAAUUUUAUACAAUGCCUACAAUUCAUUAUGCAAUUUUCACCAGGUUUUUUUUUUGUUUCCUUGAACUUUAUUGUGCCGUUUCCCCCUGAGAAAGGCGCGCACGGACGGUGUGAAGACAAUGACUGCACGUGCGAAAGCGCCAGGUACUAAGGACAUUUUAAUGGGAAUCUGAAAUAGAAAAAUAACCCUCUAAAACUCUCUUCAGUUAUCUUGAAAAUGAGUUGUGUUCAGAAGUCAACAAAUUAAAUUUUCUUAUUAAUAAUUAUUCGUAGAAUGAAAGGUAGAAGCAUGCAGUAACCGUUAGCACCGCGCACAAUCAUACAAUUCAAGUUGAAAAGAUGUUUCAGAUCAACGCAGAUCACAUUUUUCAUAUUUUAAUAGAUAUUAAAUGACAGUAUUUGGAAGGCAUGUCUUCCUCCCAUAGGUCAUUACGCCUUCGUUAAAAUAGUACAUUUUCUAAAAAGAAUACGAAUAUUCAGUUUCAGUUUUGACUGCUGAUUGAACGCUGGGCACAGCAGCAUCACGGUAUCACUGAAGUCUGCGAAUCAGAAAUAAAUCAAGGCAUAGAAAAUAAUAAUGAAUAAACAAAACAAAAAAGCGAGCAAGCUAGCACCAGCCAAGCACAAAACAGCUUCAAACCAAGAGACACCAUAGCAGCGGAAAAGGAAAAAGAAUAAAUGUUUUGAAUGCCUAAGUAAUCCAGUCUUCCCAAGGCCAUAAUAGCGUUAUGCAAUAUACUUACAAUUCAGAUUCACACGUCAUUGCCUUCUUUAAAAGAAGGGUUUUGUUGUGCUUGGAGUAAAUUAAAGGGUACAAAAGCUGGGGCUGAUUUAUGAGUGUCCCCCCAACAGACACACGCACACACACACACACACACACAUGCGCAGGCUCUCGCACACACUCGCUGUGACAGCAGACAGAGGUGUGGGGAAAGGGCCGGUCCUGAGUGGUGAGGAGGGACUCGUGCUCCUCGCUCAUUGGCCCGCGGCUCCUCCUCCGGCUCUCCGCCGGGCAGUAUUUGAGCUUUCGGGACUCCAAAGAAAACAGACACUGCAGCCGAAGGGAGUUCGAGCACAGGACCUCCCGCUCGCUCGCUCGCUCGCUCGCUCGCUCCCAGCACCCGCAGAAGCGAGACCCUCCUGAAACCGGGACCUGGACCUGGACCUGGACCCCAAACCCGGACCGGGGCCUUGGAAAAACCCCCACCCCGCCCCGCCCCCCCCCCAACCCCACACGCGGUCACCCCCGCUCUCCGCCCGGUGGACUAUCCGAUCGGACGACGCCGCCGCUGGCCCUGCUUUCGUUUUUUUUUCCGUAGCGUUUUCUUUCGUUCCUUCUUCUCGCGGGUUAAAGCGAAAAAAAGACAAGCCCUGCCUUUUCCUUUUCCCCCCCGCCCCGCAAUGCGGCUCUGGCGGACCUGACUUCCUUAGCCGAGCCUCGAGCAGCGGCGGCCGCCACCGGAGAGACGCUCUCGGAGGCCUUUUUCGCCGUUUCCGGCUCGCUUCUCGACGACCGCGCCUUCGCCUUCGUUGGGACAAAAAAACUAAUUAAAAGCGCGCAGGAGGCUCCCCCCCCCCCACGGGGCGCCCGAUUCUUCAGGACGGAUGGGAUCGGACGCGCGGGACCUGAACGCCCUGCUGCCGGCGGUGCCCGCCCUCCCCGGCGGCGGCGGCGGUGGCGGGAGCUGCGCCCUGCCCGUCGGCAGCGCCCCCCAGUGGGGGCCGCCGGUGCUGGACUACCCGCCCUACGGCUCGCUCCCCUCGCACUCCUUCAUCAAGCAGGAGCCCGGCUGGGGCGGCGCCGACCCCCACGAGGACCCGCACUGCGGCCUCAGCGCCUUCACCGUGCACUUCUCCGGCCAGUUCACCGGCACGGGGGCCUGCCGCUACGGCGCCUUCGGGGCCCCCCCUCCCAGCCAGCCCCCGCCCAACCAGGCCCGCAUGUUCGCCAACGGACCCUACCUGCCCACCUGCAUGGAGAACCAGCCAGCCUCUAGGAGCCAGGGUUACAGCGCAAUGGCAUUUGAUAGUGCUCCAAACUAUGGCCACACCCCCAGCCACCACUCCACCCAGUUCCCCAACCACACCUUCAAGCACGAGGACCCCCUCCCUCAGCAAAGCAACAUGGGGGAGCAGCAGUACCCCGUCCCCCCUCCGGUGUACGGCUGCCACACCCCGUCGGACAGCUGUGCGGGCGGUCAGACGCUGCUCCUGAGGAACCCCUACAACAGUGAUAAUUUAUACCAAAUGGCAUCGCAGCUGGAAUGCGUGGCAUGGAACCCCGUUAACACGCUGGCGUCCACCAUCAAGAGCCACGGGACGGGGUACGAGAGCGAACCCAACACCCCCGUCAUGUACAGCUGCAGCACGCAGUACCGCAUCCACACCCACGGAAUGUUCCGGGGACUCCAGGACGUGCGGCGCGUCCCGGGCAUCACCCCGGCGAUCGUGAGGUCAUCGGAGACCAACGAGAAGCGCCCGUUCAUGUGCGCCUAUCCCGGCUGCAACAGGAGAUACUUCAAACUGUCCCACCUACAGAUGCACAGCAGGAAGCACACGGGUAAGCACUGA